AUUGGCGUUGACUCAUAGCGUUUCCACCGCUACGUCUCUACAAACACCUUGCCAAUCUGGCCUUACUACUACUUAUCGUCUUUAUCGUCAUCUUCUGCUCUUCGUCAUCAACUCUCUCUGUCGUCCGUCGAUUUCAAAAUGAUUGACUUGAUACAAGUUCGUUUUAUCAUGGGAGUUAUCGGGAGUGUUCUUACUAUUGUUCUCACUGGUGUUACAGUGCCUGCGGUGGUAAAGCUAGUGAACAAUAAAGCAGUGCCGAGAGAUAAGCCAUAUUAUCUUCUAGAUUCGGUGAUGCACUAUAUGUUGUGGGUUCUCUAUGGACUUCCCCUUCUUAACGAGAAUAGUAGUCUCUUCCUUUUAAUAACUGGUGGCUUCGGUUUGGGAGUUGAAGCUUUCCUUUUAACUUUCUUCUUCAUCAACUGCGGUGACGAGAAAAACCUCCGGAGGUACAUUGUGUCACGUCUUUUGGUUGAUAUCACUUGUGUAGUAGUGAUUGUUCUCAUUACGGUUUUCGCAAUUAAAAGUUCAUCUGCUAAACAAACGUUUGUUGGUGUUAUUUGCAAUAUCUCCUUCAUUAACGGUAUGCCUAAAUCUCACAUAAUUUCCCUCAUUAAAGCGCUGGAGCCGGAGAGUACCGAUGAGUAUAUACGGCCGUUUUAUGUACAGAAAGUGCUGGAGAUGGAGAGUACCGAUAAGUAUUUACCGCCGUUUUGGUUAACGUUCAUUGGUUUCCUCAACUAUAUAGCUUGGACUGCUUUCUCUUUGAUCGACAAAAUCGAUUUUUGCCUCCUUAUAAUCAAUUUUUAUGGAACAUUGGUGUCUGGUUCUCAGCUCUAUGCCUAUUACAAAUCUACUGCAAAGGUGAAAACGGACUAGAGACUCGAGAACAUCAUAAUAAGCAUUUUUUUUUUUCCUUUUCUUUUUCUCGCUUGAGUUAGAAAGAUGAUGCCAUGAUUCGAUGAUUACUCUCUUCGACUUUGAGUCAUAGUGGAAUCAUACUCGGAAAUUGUAUGACGACCAACUUAAACUUUGAAGAA